AACCCUCCUCCCCCUUCCAUAACCGAAUCGAACGAGGCCAUCACCUCCUUCCAUUUCAGGCCUCCCUCCGAUCUACUAUUACCCCGAUCGAGCCUCGCCGCCGGGCAGAGGCGCUCCCCAUGCCACAGCCCUAGCGGCGUCAAUCUCACCAACCCACAGCCCGCCCGUCCGCCAUGUUCGGCGUCGUCUUCCCGGACCACACCUUCCCCCUCGACGCCACCGCCUUCGCGCAGGUCGCGCCGGCCUCCUGGCUCCUCGACUUCACCACGCUCGCGCUCCCCUCCACGCCCCGCUCCGCCGUCGUCUUCCUGCUCCCGCCCGCCGCGGCCGCGCUGCCCCCGGGCAAGGCCGUCGCGGUCUACUACCAGGCGGCCGCCAACCGCCCCUUCGCCUUCCUCGGCGCGCUCGGCCCCGCGCGCCCGUCCGCCACCUUCCAGCUCCCGGAGGCCGGGGACGAGCCGGAGCCCCCGGCCGGGCCAGCGAAGCUGGGCGUCGCCGUGGAGGACGCCGCCGCGCUGCCCACGCCCCCCGACGAGCAGCGCGCGGAGCGCGUCGCGCUCCGCGUAGGAGAGAACCUCUUCAAUUUCAUGCAGUCCUUCUGCGCCGCCGACGGCGGCAAGCUGGUGGUGCCCACGGAUAUUCUCGACCGCUGGUUCCGCAAGUUCCAGGAGAGGGCCAAGAAGGAUCCCACCUAUCUGAAAAGCUUUGACUUCUGAGACCAAAGCUUUAGGUUAUGUUGCAGUUGCUCUGCAAGCAUAUGUGAUGGUCAGGAGGAUCGAGAUCCUCCUAUGUGUUUGUUUGUACACAAACUAGCAGGUCUUGUAGGGAGUAGACAGAAUCAAGGUUGCCAAUCCAGCCUGUCUAUUUGACAGUUGUAGUGAGAGAAGCGUCAACAAAAACACCUGUAGUAGAUUAGAUGGUGUAAUGCAACAUACAACAGAUCUUGUUGGCAAACUGUACAAAACUCCUUUGGUUAAUCCUGAGCAUUUUUGUUCUAAAUUUUCAA